GCGGCUUGGGUCCCAAAAGUAAAUAAUGUAUGCGCAACGCAGUUCAACGUCAUUGUUUACUCAUUAAUACAUUGUUGUGGUUUUAUUAUAAAAGAUGGUGUUGUAUUUUAUAAUUGUACCUCUAAACUUCAAGUUUCAUUAAAUUUUCAGGCGUGUUCUGUUAAAGAAGCAAAGAAAAACAUAGAGUUCAUAAUCUUUUAGACUUUAACAGCCGCCAUUUUGCGGGAAAUCAUGGCGAGAGUAUAUCGAACUUCGCAGAAGAAGAAAUCUUCAAAACGAAGAAAUCGUGAAUCUUAUCACGAUGAACAUUCGUCCAUCAUGGAUUGUGUUGAAUACUUCGUCACUCUCAAAUCUCGAGAAAAUAUUGAAAAGGCAUAUUUACAUCCAGAUAAAAAGAAAAGGAACAGAUAUUUUAAAAAGCUCUUCGAGUUUUUGGGUGGUGGUGAUAGCCCUGUUGAAGCAAUAGAAUUAGCUCUCGGACGUGAUUCAACCUUGAAAGAAACACAGUUUUCCAUAAUUUCUAUAUUUUCCUUAUGGAUUGAUGAAUUGGAAAGUUAUACAGUGGCUGGAUUGAAUGAAAAGAAAAAACUGUUAACCUUUUUGUCAGAUCGUAACAUUGUAAAAUUGUUAAUUCGUCUGAUUAUGCUAAAGCCAAGUCAAUCAAGUAGGACAGGGAUUUUUAACAAAUAUCUUUACUAUUACUGCAUGAACAUUUUAGGAUACAUCACUGACAAACAAUUUAUUGAAAGUAGUUUGGAGCGAUUCCACAACAUAAAAACCAUACAGAGAUAUGAAGGUAUACCAAGAUUAGUGCAGUUUCUCAAUCCACAGAACAAUGAUCCUUUGCUUGUAUAUCAAACUGCAGAGGUUCUUCAUCAUUUAGCAAUUGACCAGUCUGAUAUAUGCAUAAGUAUACAUAAAUGUGAUGGACUCAAACCUUGUCUUCAUUAUAUGAUGCAUAAAGAGACAGAUAAGUUGUUUAUGGACUAUUUUCAAAAAUAUUUCACUUCAAAAUUAUCAAUGUCUUCUGAGGAUGUAGAGAUUAUUGAGAAGUUUUAUAGUGGUAAAAAAUAUUGGAUAAAAAGAGAAGAACGAUAUCCACCAAUUGGUGGACAUGACUAUCACAGAGAUUGCUUCAUACAUAUGGCAAAUUUACUGCAAAAAAACUGUGGGCAUAUUGUACUUGAGAUUACACGUAGCUCGAACAUUCCAAAGUCUGAGAUUCUAUCUUUAAAGCCAUUCAUGAAGGUUCUAAGUAAAUGGUUUUCAACACCUUGUAUAUGGAGGAAAGAAAAGACUAUGCUUUGUGUAUGUUUAACUGUGCUUGAAUGUAUCAUUACUUGUGACAAACCAGUUAUGUCUUCUGAAGAUUUGCUCAAGAAGUAUGACAUUUGGAAUCUUCUUGAACAGCAUGUGUACAAUCCUGAUUGUUUAGUUGUAUUGAGUGUUCUAAAUUUGGUUAAAGAACUCAGUUUUAGAUACAGUGAUUUGAAAAGCAAGUUCAUGUCAUCUACGGUAUACAGAAAACUUUUUCCUAUUUUUAUCCAAUCCUACCAACAACAGAUCCAAACUGAGGCUCUAAAAAUUCUCAUAUCAUUCGCACAAACAAAAGCUGGUGCAGAAUAUGUGUUCUCUAUUGGUAUCACGGCAGAACAGUUAUUCCUUCUCAUGGAAUAUAACUGGCUUCCAACGGCGGAAGGAGUCAAACAUUUAAAAGCAGCUCUUGAAGAAUUUUGUCCUGGCGAGUGGAAUCGCAGCGAGGAAAAAUUUCGCGAAGAUUUACCAGGAAAAUACUCUCUUCCCAAAGCGUUAAAGUUUAAAGAGGAAGGCAACGCGCGUUUCAACGCAGAAAAAUACGAUUCAGCUGUUAUGUGUUAUACUUUUGGUAUAGAAAAUGUCCCACCAGUGGAGCACUUUCCCAUGGAACUCAUCGAACCAGAUCCUGCCUACAAACCUUGGUAUGCUCUGCCAGCGGUAUUAUUCACCAAUCGGGCGCAGUGUUAUAUUUCACUAAAAAAAUGGAAGGAAGCCAUUGAAGACUGUACUCAAGCCAUUAUAAGAAGUUAUGAAGACAAUGACGAGGCAAGAAAGAUUCUUUUUAAAACCUCAUUUCGUCGAGCUCGAGCUUUCAUGGAACUAAAAGAUUACAAGAGGGCGCUUAACGAUAUUUCAUUUUGUUUACGUAUUGACGUGACUGCAAACAACGUGAGAUGGUAUUUUCGAGAGAUCUUGACUGCCUACCGAAAAGAGUUUGGUAUCGAACCAUUACGUCGUUGUGGUACUUGUAUGGAAGGACUGGGGAUGAAAUUGAAGCGCUGUGCAAAAUGUCCAGAAUUGUACUGUUCGCGUGAUUGUCAGACAUAUGCAUGGGGAGAAGGUCACAAGCACUGGUGUAAUUACUCUUUGGAUGAAAAUAAUAGUGAAUGAUGACGUGCAUUGCUUCUCAGCAGUUUUGUUUGGUUUUAGUUGGGUUCUGAUUUUUCAUUUUAUUACAUGAAUUUCUAUCGAGCAGCUAGCAAGACCUUGCAUUUUUUAUUUGACUGCUCAAAAAUAUUAAAAUGCGGCUUUUUGCUGUUAAAAAAAAGUAUUGGCCUCUUAGGUUUGUCAAUAAAAUUGCUUGCAACAGUUAAACAAGUCUUGUAGCAUUGCAUUUUACUAUCUACUGUCCAUAUAAAGCGAGGUUUCUGUCUCAUGCUCGUAUGAGGUUUUUGAGUAUUUGUGUACAAUCUAAUGUGGUAUUUAAUGUGGUAUUAUUCUGGGGAUAGACUAAAUUGAGAUUAAAGCUUCACUAUAAUUCUAUUUGAUAUAUCAAACAUGUUGAGUUAAUAAAGUUGUAUUGAAGUGAAGUUGUAACUGUUGUAAUUCUCAGUUGAAGACGUGAAGUAUAAACAAAUAGGAUUGUUUUUCA